AGAAAAAUACAGGUAUCAAAACUGUUUAAUGUAUUUCGUCACUAAUGUCUUUGCUCACAGUGUAUUGUUACCGCUUAUUGUUACGGAAAAACAGUACGGAUAGAAAACCUACGUUUCAUGGAAUUUGCACAUUUUUUCUGUUUGGUGUCAUUUGUGAAGAAGUAUUGCACAAUGUCAAAUGCAACAGCUCAAAAUUAUAUUUGCAGGUAAUUUGUAUAGUUUCUUGAUUUCCUCUUUUUAAUAUUCCUGAGCGUUCCUGAACAUAAUAUUUUAUGAUAUUUUUAUCACACACCUUUCUACGUAAAUAUGUCAUAAUGGAGGUUAACAUAUAACUAUGCUAAUACUGCAUGAUUUUUUUAUAUAUUUAAGUUCUGGCUCAACAAGUCGGCGUAUUAAAAUAAAAUACAUCAUAUAUGAGGAAUGUUUUUAGUACUUUUCAAAACAUUUCAGAGCCAUUACUUUACAAGAUUUUAUGUUCGUCAAGGAUCUAAGAGUUAACAUGCUAAUUAGUUCACUAGCUGUCCAAGCACCCAUGCAACAUUACUGUGUUCACCUAGCAGACAUGCAGAGCAAUGCCACAACAAAGUAGCGUCAUAAGCAAUUAUACAUUGCAUUAUGAGGAACAUUUAGUACACUAUUGGCUUAUCAAUCCAGUAACAAUGAUUCUUGUCUCUCAUAGUAAUGAACAUCUUUGUCCGUAAAUGAAAAUUUACGUUUAUAUACGAGAGAACAAAAUUAUGUCCGUUUUGUUUCCACUGCCGCGCAUACACGCAGAGCUUCCUGGUAGUGGCAUCUUGAACUACGCGCUUGUGCUGCACUCUUACGGGAGACGCCACGAUCAGGCCCGGUGUUUUGCAAACAAGAUGCUAGCAGCAAGCCGUUAGGGUACAACAAAGAAGACGCGCGGAGUGUGCGGAUUCUAAAUCUCUAGUCAUAAGAGGGUGAAGGAGUUGCAUGAUCGGAGAGCGUGGGCGGCGACAGCAGGGCGGGCCGAUGGCGGGUAGAGGCUCGGGCGCAGCGGCGCGGCCGUCCAGAUGAGUGAGGGCGGCAGCCAGGGCCCAGACCCCCCGGGCCCCGGCCAGGGCCCCGCCUCCUACGGCUCGGGGGGCCCCGGCCCGGGGGGCGGAUACCCGCCCUCGCAGCCACCCACUCCGUCUUCCACCGUGCAGGACCCCAGCGACCAGCAGCAGCAGCAGCACCACACCAACGGCAACGGGGGCGGCACGCCGGGCCUGCCGCCUUUCAGCAGUUUCUCGGCGGCCGACGUGGCGGAGGGCCUGGGAGCGGCGGGCGCCGUGCGCGGCGCCGCCGACCUGCCCUUCGGCGAGGGCCUCACGGGCCGCCUGCUCGACCUGUCCUCGUGGGACUACUACGCGGACGGCGCGGGCCGCCUGCUGGAGCGCAGCAAUGACGGCAUGGCGUUGCUGGUGCCGCAAUACCGGCCCUGGGAGAGCAAGGGCCCCGACGGCGGCCCCGUGGGGCUGCUGCACCAGGACUCUCUGCUCAAGUCGAUCGCGCCGGCGCCGCCCUCCGCCGUGCCCGCCUUCGCCGACCCCGGAGCCGGCGGCACGCCUUACUCCGUGGCCAGCAAGCUGCCGUCGUUCCAGUCGCAGUUCAACGCGUUCCCCGGCGAGGGCGAGCCGCAGCAGGUGGGCGCGGGCCCCGGGCCCGCCGUGUCGGUGGCGGUGGCCGCGCCGCAGGCGGCGUCCCCCGGCCUGCCCAGCUUCCACACGCUGUCGGCCGUGAACCCGCGGCCCGGCUACCCACUGGUGCCGGCGCCCGUGCAGGCGCGCGAGAUCCCCGCCAUCCAGCAGCAGUUCCUGGACGAGCGCCACAUCCAGCUGUUCCAGCCGUACGGCCAGCCGCCGCAGCAGCAGUUCCACCACCACCCGCACGCGCACCCGCACCAGGUGGCGCCGCCGCCGCCACCGCCGCACCUCGCCGUCGUCAAAACGGAGCCGGGCGUGGGCGUCGGCGUGGGCGUGCCGCUGCAGCUGCACCACGCUGCCGCCGCCUUCCAGACGGCGCUCGCCGACCACCACCGCUACGGCGACAGCCCGCCGCGCGACUCGCGCAAGAAGGAGCGCCGGAAAGCGCGCGCGCCCUCGCUCGAGUCGUCGACGGAGAGCGACGGCGCCGGCAGCGUCGAGAGCUCGGGCCAGGUGGCGGCCGUCUCCAGCACGGCCGGCUUCAAGUCGCCGCUGCAGCCGUCGUCGCAGGCGCCGGGCCAGCCGGGCGACCCCGGCGACCUGUGCGACAAGCCCGUCAAGAAGAAGCGCAAGCGGUGCGGCGAGUGCACCGGCUGUCAGCGCAAGGACAACUGCGGCGACUGCGCGCCCUGCCGCAACGACAAGAGCCACCAGAUCUGCAAGAUGCGCCGCUGCGAGAAGCUCACCGAGAAGAAGCCCGGUCCGGGAGAGUACGCGGAGACUAGACGAGGAAGAGGCAGGGGCAGUCGCGCUACGGGAUACCGAGGCAAGGCGCCGCGGACGCAGCCGGCGGCGCCGCCGCAGCAGCAGCCGCCGCCCCCGCAGACGCAGCCGCCCUCGCAGCAGCCCGCCGUGGCCACAACGCAGCCCCAGCAGCCGCAGCCGCAGACCCACAACAACGCCGACCCCGCCAUGGCCGGCACCACGCAGGCACCCACCGUGAUGCCAUUCUACGGGAACUCGGCCACCCCAGUAGGUGUGCCUGGACAGCAGCAGCAACAGCAGCAGCAACAGCAGCCAGCCACUGGCAUGAUUGAGGCAGCAUUUGCACCACCCCUGAGGGAACGCUACACUAACUCUGUCUGGCACCCAGCAGCUGCUGGCGAUCCAAAUGGUGUUGCUGCAUGGACACCCCAAGGACAGUUCAUUCAACAGUUACCUCCACAACUGGAUGAUCUGAGAUAUCACCACCAUACACAAUACACUGCCUACCAUCAACCAACAGUAAGUUACCAGCCACAGCAGUCGCAGACGGCAGUAUUCGAUCAGCAACCCCCGACCGCUGCUGUGUUCCAACCGCAACCACAACAACAACAGGCACCACAACAGCAGCCCCAGCAGGCACCGCAGCAACAAUACGGCAGCAGGCCCCCCUCGUCACCGGCACAGGCUCAGGCGCCUCGUGGCUCAUACUCGCAGCCUCACACCCCGCAGCCUUCACCCCAACAGGCAAACCAUUCAGGUGCUACAGGCAUUCCAGCCAAUGGUCCUGUAAAUGGUCACGGGGGGUCAGUCAGCGGAGGGUCCAAUGCCAGUGUGCACAGAAAUGGCACUGUCAAUGGUGGAAACCAGUACAUAGAUGCCUCACCAGGUAGUCAGUUCUCGGAACAACGAGAAUACGUUAAUGGAAACUACAACCCAUCACAGGAUGUGACAAUGGCACCACCUCCGUCGACAACCCCCACUAGCAGGAGCAGUUCUGUGCACAUGGAUCCCAGUGGCACAGACAGUUUGGUCAACAGUGGCACAAAUAAAGCAAAUGCUUACAGUAAUCAGGCACAGAAUGCUACCGGUCACCCAAACGCCUUGCCUGGAUACCUACUCCACCCCCAAAUGCAACACCAACAUCAACAGCAGAGUUCACAGAACUCUAGCUCCAGUAGGUAUCCAGGCCAGGAAAACAUCAUGGGGGACUUAUGGGAGGGCAGCCGCCAGCAGCAAGGGUGGCAGUCGCAGGAAGGAAAUGAGCCAGAGCCUGGAGGGGAACCUCCGUUUCGAGAAAGGUCGAAUUUGAAUAGCAGACUGAAGACCAUGAUCCUUAACAAACAGCAGCAGCAGCAACAACAACAACAAGUUAACCAACAACAGUACAACCAGCAAGCACAAACACAGCUUAAUGGAGCCUUUUCCACAGAUCGCCCACAUGAAAGUUCUGACGGUAAUUUUUUAGUGCGAGGCCACCAUCCUCAGAACCAUCCGUCCACAGUGACGUCUGAGGGUGGUGGCUUCCCGUGGGAUUGGGUAGGGGGAAAUGGUCCUGAAGUGGAUGCUGGUGCUCUCUCGGCAAUGGAGAACUUUAUCAAAUAUGCCACUGGUGGAGAUGAAAGGGAACAAAGGAAAAGUGGAAACAGUCUUAGCCCUGCCAACUGGCACUCGCCAUCUGCUCAGGCAGCAGCUGAAAAAAUGGAGCAACAUAGGUCUGAAUCUUUUGAAGAGAGUUCUUCCAAAGGUCAGGGUGCAUCAGUAUUUAAAACACUGCAAGGAGAAACGGUGCCAUUUAAACGCACAGUGAAUGCCGAAGUGGCAUUUGAUCGACAACAGAACAAUCCUGUUUCGGCAUUUAAGUGCCAACAAAAUAAUGAAGCAGCAUUCCAACUGCAACAGCACACUAAUGACACUAUUUUUAAAAUGCAACAGACCAACAACUCAGCAUUUGAGUGUCAGCAGCGUAAUAGCGAAACGUCGUUCAUGUGCCAGCAGAACAGUGAAACGACACUACAUCAGCGUCACCAGCAAAAUACUCAGACAGGAUUAGGAGAUCAACAGAAGGACACAGAGAUGAGUUUUAAAUGCCAGCAACAAGAAACAGAUACAGGCUUCAAAACUCAGCAAAAUAUUGAGACAGCAUUCCAGGUGCAACCAAACAUUGAUGUGGGAUAUAAGUGUCAGAAACAGAAUAGCAAAUCACCAUUUAAAAGUCAACAGCAGAGUGGUGAUUCGGCAUUCAAAUGUCAGCAAAAGCCAGAAGCAGUAUUUACUCUUCCGCAGCAAAGUAAUGAGCCCACAUUUCAAUGUCAGCAGCAAGAUGUCAAUCCUGCAUUCAAACAACAGUCAAAUAGUGAUACUAUUUUCAAUUGUUCUCAGACCACAGAGGCCUCUUUUAAAUCUCAAAGUAAUUUGGAUCCACAACUAAAAUCUCUUCAAAGCACUGAAUCCACCUCUAACAGUCAUCAUCCUCAAGAUGAAAACUUUGCUUGCCAUCAGAAUAACCAGUCAUUAUUCAAGUAUCAACAGAACCAUGAUACCACAGCAAAAAAUCAGCAAAAGAAUGAUCCAAAUUUUAAAUGCCAGCAGAAAACUGAGUCAACUUUUCAGGGACAACAGCUUGGUGAAUCAACAUUUAACUUUCCUUUCAACACGGACCCAAGCUUUAAACCUGAAAAUGGCCAGAAACAGCAAACAGCAGAAUCACCAUUUAAAUGUCCCCAGAGAAAUGAAAAAGCCUGUAAUUAUCAACAAGAUAGCUGCACAACUUUCAAGACCCAACAGCAGUCCAAUAAUAGCAACACAAAUUUCAAAUGUGUACCUGGUAUUGAUGUUGGCUUCAACUGUCAACAGGGUGUGGAAUCAGCAUUUAAGUGUCAGCCAGAAAGCAAGACAUCAUAUGAGGAACAGCAGAAGGUUAUGGAGACAGCAUUCAAGCCUCUUCAGCCUGCAGAUGGAUCGUAUGAUCAAUGUCGGCAGGCUCCAGCAGGAUUUAAAUGCCAGGCGACCAAUGUCCAUACUUAUCAUCAUCAGCAACAAGGAGGAGAAAGAAAUCAAUCAGGUCAAACAGUGCCUUUUCACCAACAAUCAAAUGAAGGAAUCUUUCCAUGUCAACAAGACACAGGUAUAUCAUUGCAUAGUCAGAAAACUGUCACUGGAAUGGGGGAAGCACCUCCUAGUGAUAGGCAUUUUCAGACUGGAACUAGAUAUGAAAGUGGUGAAUUUAUGGACAAUAAAUCAUUUCAUCAACAAAUGGGUAUAGGAGUAUUUCAGCAAAAGCCAGAACAGCAAGACAAUAACACAUAUGGACAAUCAGUGAAGACAGAGGCGAGGCCACAGACACCACCAAUGUCUCCUUCUCAUUCCAAAGGUACUUAUCCUUUCAAAGGAGAUGGAGGCCCUACCCCUUUGGAGAAUAUGUCAGGUUCGUGGUGUUGUCGACGUGGUGGAACUGAUACGCCAGCACCAGAACACCUUCGUGAUGGCUGCUGCCAAGGUCUUCAGACAGCAGAUGAGCUAGACACUGGCCAGAACUGGGGAGAUGGACCUCCCACACCAACAUCUGGAGCAGCAAGAGAAUUGCAAGAACAUGUUGAAAGGCUGAAAAACAAUGCUCGUACUGAAGUUCCUGACUGCUCAUGUUUUACAGCUGACAAAAGCCCACCGGAACCAGGCUCUUACUACACUCACUUGGGAGCAGGUCCAAAUCUUCCUGACCUACGCAAAGAUGUAGAGUCAAGGACAGGUCUCCAAGGGAAAGCCAUCCGUUUUGAGAAAGUUGUUUACACUGGCAAAGAAGGCAAAACUCAGCAGGGGUGUCCACUGGCCAAAUGGAUAAUACGUCGUUCUUCAGUAGAUGAAAAAAUAUUAUGUAUUGUAAAACACCGCCAGGGUCACAAGUGUUCUACAGCAUGGAUAGUAGUGGUAAUGGUUGCGUGGGAAGGUGUGCCAGCUGUUGAGGCUGAUCGUGCCUAUGGUCUCUUAACGCACAAGUUGAAUCGCUUUGGCCUGCCGACGACUCGUCGCUGUGCCACAAAUGAACCUCGUACUUGUGCCUGUCAGGGAUUGGAUCCUGACACAUGUGGAGCUUCUUUUUCUUUUGGAUGUUCAUGGUCUAUGUACUACAAUGGGUGCAAGUAUGCCCGUAGUAAGACAGUGCGCAAAUUCAGGCUAUCAGUCCGUUCAGAGGAGCAAGAGGUGGAGGAGCGAAUGCAUGUUCUAGCAACUCUCCUGUCACCACUGUAUCAGACACUUGCCCCAGCUGCAUUUCGGAACCAGACUCAGUUUGAGCGAGAAGCUUCUGAAUGCCGAUUAGGAUUCAAGCCUGGAAGGCCAUUUUCUGGAGUCACAGCCUGUCUUGACUUCUGUGCCCAUUCUCAUCGAGAUCUGCACAACAUGAAUAAUGGGUGCACUGUGGUUGUGAGUCUAACAAAGCAUCGAAACCUGUCAAAGCCAGAUGAUGAGCAGCUGCAUGUACUUCCACUGUACAUCAUGGAUGAAACGGACGAGUUUGGAAGCAAGGAAGCACAGGAGGCCAAGGUCAAGAGCGGGGCCAUCGAGGCUCUCACAAAAUACCCAUGCGAAGUCAGAGUUCGCUCAGUUCCACUUCAGCCUUGUCGACGACAUGGCAAGAAGCGCAAAGAAGACGAGCCAGAUGCGGUCAUAAAGCCUCCCAAAGAAACAAAUACAUCAUCAGCAAAUACCACCAACAGUGUUACGGCAGCAGCAGCAACUGCAGCAGCUGCUGCAAGAGCUGGUCUGGGAGCCGAUGUAAUGACAAGUAUGCUAGAAGGGAUGGAGGCACAGCUGCAGAGUUCACAAGUCUCAUCCACUGUACUGGACACUCCAAUGCCCGUAUACCAGGGUUGGGGCUACGAAGCACGGACUACUGCAGCCGAUAUGUACCACCCUCGACAUCGCCCGUGGGGCUGGGGAACACCCGAAUUCGAGCCGGACAGCACGAGCAGCCUCGCAGGAAACCCAUUUGUUGGGAGCCCGCAGCCCAGUACCAGCCCAUUUGUACAGCAGUCACCACAGCAGCAGUGGCAGGGUAGCAGCCCAUACCCUCAGCGUUCUGCUUCAGCGACUGCGACGGCUGCAACAGCUCCUCGUGCGUCACCUAGCAAGUCGCCUUCACCAGGUUCUCCAUGGACACAACAGCCAACAUGGGACAAUUCUAGUACUGCAACCACUGCAACCACCCCCACAUCUCCAACCCAGGCAUCACCGUUUCGUGUACCGAAAGCGAGACCUCCUUCACGAACAACAGCAUCAGUGGCUACUACAGAAUCCAUGUCCACCUACAGCAAAAGCUUUUUGAAACCAUUUACACCACCUAGUGAAAAGGGAACAAGUUCAGAAGGAGUUAGUGGACUAACAGAUGCCUGGCAACGUCAACAAGCAGCUGCAGCAGCAGCGGCGGCAGCAGCAGCCCAGGCACCAGUCAAACAGGAAAGUCCUGCAUGGGGGGAUUUCCGGUAUGGAGGCACUGGUUAUGGACAUCAACCAUUCUAUGGCUAUCCUCCAACCUAUCCUACACCAGAUGGAUAUGGGUAUCCGUAUGCUGAUCCACUGAAGCAAGAAGCUGCUGCUGCUUGUUACCACGCAUCUGCUGCAUACCACCACCAGUUCCGAUGGGAUCUGUAUGGGCAUGCUCAUCCCUUCUUCCCACCGCCAGUGCCAGAACCACCUCGUGCAGAGCCAAUAGGUGAAGUUACAGGUUACUGUGAUAAUGAAGAAUGUUUCAAGGAUUCACAAAUGGGAGGUGUGGCCAUAGCUUUAGGUCAUGGUUCUGUGUUAUUCGAGUGUGCCAAGCAUGAGCUGCACGCGACAACGGCCCUGCGGAGACCAGACAGACUUCGACCCACACGCAUAUCUUUAGUUUUCUACCAACAUCGAAACUUAAACCGUGCCAAACACGGAUGGGACGAAUGGGAAGAAAAGAUGCGCCUUAGGAAACUCGGUGUUACAACAUCGGCUUCAACUCCCUCAUCGCCGUCCUCUGCACAGACAUCCACACGCCCAUCGACACUGCCUCCUACUGACCGUCCGCCCACCUACACGGCACAGUUCCUUAUGCGAACACCGACUUAUACGACCACGACCUGGACAACCUUGUUUCCAAUGCACCCUUGUAUGGUAACAGGUCCUUACCAGGAAGGUGGUGCGGUUGGAUAGCCCCACGCUAACAGCUGCAGAUAAGAAGGCAGCUGCUGCAGCUUAACAACUGUGUGAGAACUGUGAUUCACUGCUGCUUUUGACUUCCAGGUGCUUCUGUAUACUAAGGCUGUAUCACUUUAGUACUUGUUUUGUUUCUCAUUCCUUAGGCAAGAAGACAAUGUGUGUUUUCCUCUGGUGAGUCAAUAGACACUACGUAGUGUGUGCAUUUAGUGUGUGUAUUACACACUUGCUAAGUGCUCAUAUAUAAGCUGUAUCACAUAGGUGGAAGUAAGUGUGGUGAGGACACAAUGCAAAACAUCUUCAGUGUUACUUUGAGACUGCUGCUGCCACUUUGCAUCUUGCAAACCUUUAUUUUGAAUAUGUUGCAACUGAUGCAUCAAAUGAUGCAAUGAUUGCUAUAAGUCCUCAGAAGAGUGUUCAAAUACUGGGUUCAUCUGCUUUAUAGUACACUGAUUAAUUGUACUAGCUAUAUAGGGAGAACUGUAUCAUACUUCUUGAUGCUAACUUAUUUUGUAUUAAAUUGUCAUACAGAUGUGCUAAAAUGAUACAGUUUUUCUACCAAUCCAUAGUAACACAGUACAGUUCUGGUAAAACAACUAGGUUACUUUUUCUUUUGUUUGUCAAUAAUUCAUCAAGAUUUUCACCACUGUGGAAGCAUUUAAACUAAAAGCUUGAAGUGGUAACAUAACUAUCUCGUUUCCUAGUCCUCACAUAUUAAGAUUCAUUCUUGUUUUGCCAGUUGUAUGUUAAUGCUUCCUAGUCCGAAAUCUCAGAAGCCAAUAGUUGUUUAUUUUUAUUACUUAUUUCCUCUACCUCCACUAGUCAACAUAAAUUGACUGACACGUCCUGAAAUUUAUCUGCAGCUGUAAUAAUUUCAUUUAUUGUGUGGGUACAACUUCUUGAACUGAUCUAACAAAACAAUUUUAAAAAUGAGAAUAUAAUUUAUAUUUAGUCUAAGUCAUAACCUUGAUCUGUGAUUGUAAGAAGAUGCCUAAUACUAAGUUUUGAUGGAUUUCAUCUCAAAUCUUAGAGAAAUAGACAUCACAGUUAAUUUUCACAAUUCUAGCACACCUGAAAGUACUCUCACAAAGUAUACGUUGUUUUCGUUCCAUUUGACUCUGAACGUUGCAGCUGAAUCUAUGCAGUUGCUGUCUAGAUUCUAAGUGUCUGCAUGCAGUCGUUCUUACCAUUACGUAGCUAGUCCAGUUUCCCAGGUAUUUUACUGAACUAUUUUAUUCUAAUGUAGAUAAUAUACUAAUUUAAGCUGCCUUGUGGCAAUGCACUGAUCUCACAUCAUGUAUUACUAACUUGCUGUGGUAGAAUAGUGCUGCAGUCUGUAAUUUUAAGAGUGGGAGAUUCACUGAAUUAAGUUCCAUGAACUGAUUUUUAAAAAGCUCAAAACUAGUGUAUUAUUUAUUUAGACAGAAUGUGUUUCAGCCCACCACUGAUGUGAUCAGAAUGCAAAUGUAAAAGCUGCCAUUUUGAAGCUAAAUACAUUUGUCCUUUCAUGUUGUCCCAAAAAGAAACUGACUGAAUCAUUGUCCUUUGCAGGACUGCUUACAUGUUAUAAAACAAUGGAGGAGUUGACUGUUUGAGAAUUUCUUUAAAUUUUAAUGGCUUUUAACUUAUUUAAUGGAAAGGGUGCGAAAGCAGGUGAAAUAUUUUUGCUUUCGGAGUGAGCCUUCUUUCGUUCCCUCCUCAAUUCCCAAUUUCCACCUCAUUCUAGUAUAUAGGAAAUCCAUGGAAAACUCUGUCUCUCCUGCAUUUCUAAAAUAAAUCACUCAAAAUCCCAAAAGAUUGCUCUAUUUUUGGAAGUGAGUCAUGAUUACUGUGUUGAAGUAAAUUAAGAGAUGAAAAAGACUAGUAUUUUGACAAUAUGAUAUUUCAUUUAUAAUUUAAUUUAUACUAAGUGAUCUAUUUGUACAUAUAUGUUUGUGAUUUUAUACAUAUUUUUGUUCAUUUAAUGUAAUUAAUACAAGCCUAUUGGUUUGUAACUAUUUAUUGUUCACGUGAUCAACUUCAUAAGAAUACAGAAAAUGUGGUCAUAUUGCCAGAUGAAAUGUUUGUUAAAUGGUAUCAUUUUGUUUUGUUAUUGUAGCAAUUUAAUGCUCAAGCUCAUUUUGUCUCUAAAAGAGAGAACUCAUUGUAUGGGUCAGCAUAAUUUUUCUUCAAACUCAUAAUGGCAGUUAUGCAUCUCAUUGUUAGAAAGCAGUAUUUAUUAAUAUGUUUUAGUGUGUUGCCAAGUAUGAAAUUGUUUUGCUCGUGUUGUGUUCAAUAUGUGUUCAGUUUUUCUGUGAGAUGUGUAAAGUUAGAAAACUGUGGGCCAGAAUACUCUGAGAUACCAAUUUAUUACUUACAAAUUGUCAUCUUAGACUACCAUUCACAUGCUAAUGAUAUGUCUUCAAGACAUAUAUUCAUUCAGGAAAUUUCACACAUAAAUUAAAAUUAGCAAGUGAAAGGCAAAAUAUCAAAUGGUGCAGCAUUUCUUUGAAAGAAAAAAAUCCUAGUCACAAUAUAAUGUGGACAUCAUUUGUUUAUUAUGGUAGUUUAAAAAGACUAUUUGUAUCAGUUUUAGUUUGAAAGUACAUAAAUGUCUCAUUGUGGUUUUAUUUUGAGUGUGAUUUAAAUUUUUAUUUAUUAUGAAGAUAGCUCAGUGAUGAUUUCCACAAUCAUAAUAAAUUUUCUUUCAGAAGCUCAUGAAUAAAGUACAAUUUUAAUAUAUAUUUUAAAAUAAAUCCCCUAUUCACAUAUGCUAAGCCCCUUUUGUAAUAAAAGUUAAAAAGUUAAAAAUGUAGUGUUUUAGGUGUAGUGACACAGUACUUUAGUACAUGUCGCUGCUUUGAAGUGCCAAGGUUAUUGUGACAGUAGAUGCCAACUUUUACUUCAUGUACAAAUCCGGCCCCUUAAUGAUGCCUUCAAAUUUUAGUUUUCUAGCAAGCUCCAUGUUUCCCAAUCAAGAACCCAUAAACAACAUUUUUGUAAUAAAAUCAAAACAUUAAAAUUAACAAAAACAGAAGUGUGCCCUGUAUAGAUUAGACUACUGUGUACAUCCUUCCAAAAGAACAAUGUUUUAUAUGCAUAUAUAUAAAAAUUAAUAAAAUAUUCAAAUUAAUUUUUAAAUAUCAUCUGAUGUUGUCCAUGAAGUUGGAUUUAAUAAAAAAAAAGACUAGUUUUACAAGAUGACAUAAUUUUGUGAAAAGAGUUUAUAAAAAAUAUGGUAGUCUGUUAGUGUUUGUGUGUUCAUAAAUUUUUGUGUGAGAAAGCAGAUACUAUAAAACACAUUAGAAAAACUUUUGCAAUGAAACAGAAAAAUUCAAAAAUAUAUUAUCAGUACAAUAUCAUUUUUCACAUGAGAAUGGAUAAAUAAUGAGUAUAUAUAUUUAUAUACUUUGUAUAUAUAUUUUUGACACUUUGUGUAAAAGGAUGUAACUGAAAUCCCAUUUUGAAUUAAAAAUGAACAAAUGUUGAAGUUUUAGGGAAAACAUUGUGUAAGACUAUAGAAGUAUGAGUCUGUGGUAAUUUUCUGUCACAUGAUUCAGGAAGUACACUUUCUUUUCUUGAUGCAGGAAAAUUUUUCAUAAUUGUACACAAAAGUUUAGGCAGUUCCCAAACAUGCACAAAUGUGUUCUACAACAUCCCUUCAAGCUUUGUUUUAAAGUGUCUAGAAUAAAACAGCCCUGUAGAAUUGUAAUCUUAUAAAAUAAGUAAUGAUAAGUAAUGUAGUUGUGAGUGAACGUAAUUAAUAAGUGUAAUUGUUUUCUUUUUUAUUGUGAAUAUAGCCACACUUUGUGAAUA